UAUUCUAGGGUGAAAAGAUCCAUGCAACAGUUCGAAGAACAUUAAUUUACAAAUAUGAAAAGGAACUCACUGAGGGCCAUGUGUAUUCCAUAAGCAACUUUAGUGUUGCCACUAAUGUGGGAUCAUAUAGAACCACCAAUCAUGCCUAUAAAAUUAAUUUUCAAUUUGGAACUAAAAUCAAAAAAUUUGAUGACAAGUUGAUACCUGCUAAUAUAUACAUGAUCAGUGAACCUCAUAAGAUUUUUAAUGAUAACUAUGAUACCGAUUAUUUGAUAGGUUUGUCUAUAAUAUAUACUUAGCAUAAAAUUAAAUAAACUUUCGUUUGUCUAUAAAACUAAGACUUUCGUUUGUCAAUUAUUUAUUUAUUUUUUUAAUAAAUAAAUAAUGUAAAGUACUCCAAAUUUUUAACCCAAUACAUCAAGUUUUUUUCUUUUAUUUUUAUUUAUAUUUUGGGAUGGAGAGAGUAACUUAUUAAUCUUUAUGUUUUGUUUAGUUAUCGAUUUAAGUGUAUUCUACGUGGCCAUUAUGUGGACAAGCUGAUUAAUUUUUUAAAGUCUGAUGCAUCCGACAGUACAUGUGUUGUAUUGCUUUUUGGAAGGAUGAAUUUUUGGAAAGGUAUACCUACUGUUCAGAAUUUCGGACAAUAUACAAGGGUGUUAUUCAAUCCAAAUAUUGAUGCCGCUGCAGAAUUGAAGCAAAGAAUGCUGGACAGAACAAUUUCUAAGCCUCAUUCGAUAUAUGCAAUAAAUGAAACUACAAAAGCACAUGUAUUGGAUCAGUGGGUGUACAAAACAAUUAGACAUACUCUAUCAACCCUUGGUUUAUGUGCAAUGGGGUCGGUGUACGCUAUAUUGGGCAAAGUAGAACAUUUGGAACCUAACUGCGAUUGGUGGUAUUUAUCCUGUGUAUGCAAUACCAAAGUGAUUCCUUAUGAUAAUAUGUAUUAUUGGAGAACAUGCAGUAGACGUGUUUUAAUUGUUAGUCAAGGGUAAACAUUUAUUUUUUAAAAUUUAUAUCAAAAGAAAAUGUGUUUAUUUAUGGGUCAUUCUAAUAUAUCUAAUGAAAGCAUAUAUUAAGUUUAA